UCUUAACAUAAUUCAGCUGGUUCUACAAUUUUUGUAGUAGGAUAUUGGCAUCACUUUUUCAUCUCGGCUUUAAACAAGGCAAUUCAGCAAUUGUGUUGUAGUUCAAAAGGAAUUCGGGGUGGCACCGUGCUGAAAUGGUGAAAAUUUUUCAUGCUCAUUUGGGGAAUUUUUGCGUGCGCUUACAAAAAAACUGUAGCGUAAAGGAGGGAAAAGAGAGGAUGUGCUGAAUAUCCUAAUUGUAUAUAUCGAUUUUUCUUUGGUCGUUGGCGCGGACAUCUUUUGCGUUAUGGCCUUUUUGGCUUUCGGUUAUGUUUGGCUGCGAUAGUUAAACAAAAAAGACACGGUUUUAUGGACAUUCGGCGACAAAAGUUUACAUAUGCAUGUGUGCAGGAAGUUUUCAGUUUGAAAAAACAACGCCCGGUUAAUAAAUGGGAUUAGAAUUGCACACAUAUAGUUAAGCGUAAGCAAAGCAAUGAUUUAUUCAGUGAUAGGGUAAGUCAUUGACAUGUUCUAAAGCACUAAAGUAUAACGUAAUGAAAAGUAAAACGUAAAAAAAUAAGUGCGUAGUGAAAAGGCUAUUACGUCUAUGAAAGGAUAAAAACGUUAUAAUAAAAUAUAUGGGAAUCAUGUCUUCAAUAAAAACGGCAACAAUCUUAACAAAUACUGCUGUCACAUCAGAGAUUUGUUCACCAUCCAACGUGUUCACGCCAACAAUUGCAGCAAAAGUUUCGUCAACGUCAACAUGUGCUACUUCAUUUUGUUUCGAGAAUGCCAUCAUUUUAAGCGGCAGUUCUGGUUGCUCAUCUUUAUCAAACUCUCCUACGUCAUCAACUUCUACAACUGGCAGCAUACCAUCGCCUACACCAGCGAAUAAAACUUUACACGAUUCAUUUUCGUCAACAGCUGUAAAUGGCGAAUAUGAAGAACAGGUUCUAAAAUGUGUUCCGCAAAAUUCUUUAUUGGCUAAGUUCAAAUUAACGGAAGACAAUGCGAUUAAAAAAGAAAACGGUAUACUAAAUGAGCAAUCACAGUUGUUGGAUGAUUUUUCUGCGGAUUUUUCCGUUCACCACAAUUCGCGACAGCAUCACGUCCAACAAUUUCAAUCGCAAUAUCAACAACAACAUAUGGUUCAUCAUUCCAUGCAAAGCUUAAAUACAGACGAUGCACGUACAUUGCAACUCGCUGUGGAAUUAUCGAUGAUGGGGUUAAACGACCAGAUGAUCGUUCAGAAUUCUCAAUUGCAGCAGCUACGUUUUCAAGCUACAGAAAAUCAGUUCCCCCAAUACAACUCAGCUUAUCAAAUGAAUACUUUAAGUAAAACACUACUGCCGACACGUAAUACAACAGUGCUGACUAAUUCUAAGUAUACAGGCAACCAAAGCAGCUCUGGUCAUUUCAAUACUCCGAAUUAUCUAAAUCCGUCAACAUGUUUAACUAUUUCAGAAGAGCGUGCAAAAAAAUCUCAAAAUAUGACUGAGUGUGUACCAGUCCCAAGUUCAGAGCAUGUUGCUGAAAUCGUGGGACGUCAAGGUUGUAAAAUCAAAGCUUUGCGUGCUAAAACUAAUACCUACAUAAAAACUCCUGUGCGAAAUGAAGAGCCAGUUUUUGUUGUAACUGGACGAAAAGAAGAUGUAGCAAAGGCGAAACGGGAAAUAUUGUCCGCAGCAGAACAUUUCACGCUAAUUCGCGCAACUCGUAGAGCUGGUGAUGGAAAUGGGGCUUACAAUGGGAUGGCUGGCGUUGGUUGUAUUCCAAAAAAUUCUUUGAGCGCCGGUAAUGGUAUUCAGGGGCAAGUGACUAUUCAGGUACGUGUACCGUAUAGGGUUGUAGGUCUAGUUGUAGGACCCAAGGGCAAUACUAUUAAGCAUAUACAGCAUGAAACGCAAACUUAUAUCGUCACCCCAUCACGUGAUAAAGAGCCAAUAUUCGAAGUAACCGGUUUACCAGACAAUGUGCAAGCGGCUCGCAAACAUAUCGAGGCGCACAUAGCAACACGAACAGGCGCUGAAAACGUAGGUAACUCAAAUAGGUCGGCGUUGUUUAUGCAAGGACAUAUGGCAACUUCAUCCGCAAUCCAUACUUCGAUACCUGCGCCUAUAACUUCUUUGGCGACUGCGUUGUCUCUUUCUCAUUCUACCACACCCCAUCAAUUUCACUUAGCGAUUGGUCAAGAGGAUAACAAAGACAUGCCGAAAAUUGUGAACUCGUCAAUAAAUCAGGAAUCUAUUCCAGGAAAGGCUUCAUUGCAAUCAGUUUCGAUGUUUACGACCCCAUCAUCUCAGCACACUGUGGGCUCAACAGUCCACGAUGAAUUAAGUUUACCUAACAUGCUAACAUCACCAUUGCCUAUUUUACAAAUCGUUCCCAAGAUUAACGCACUAAUUCCUAGCGCUACGACUUCAGUUGAAACUAUGUCAAUGGAAAGUACGCCACAUAGAAAUAAUGAUAAAUCUUUGCAAGCUAUACAUACCAUUGAUAAAAUUGUCAACGACGAUAUACACGUCGAACUUUUAUCUACCAUCUAUAAAACGGGAAUUGAAUCAGCUUUUGAAUCUCUUCAGCAAAGUGUUGGGGAAGUUGUAAGCCAAUUACAUGGUGUAGAAACUAAUUCAAAGAAAACACCAGUAAAAAAUUUGACUAGCCUUAGCUCAUCGUCCGGUCGUUUAACUGAAUUUCCUCUAACUCAUUCAACUGAAAUAGAUAUUAAACCUUCAGUGGCAUCAAGCUCCCAUCCGAUUAACCAGAUUCAUUUAAAUGGGAUGAUGAACUUUCAUAUGACGACUAACAAAGGAGAUUACUCAAAUCAUAUAAUCAAAGCAAGUAGUGGUUUCGAGUCAGAUCUAGACCAGCAAACGCCUAAUAUACAACAGCUUGCAAGUUUCAUGACGAACGGUGGACCAGUCCGUAAUGUCAGUAGUAAUGCAAUUUUAAGAAAUUUAAAGUCUAACAUUAACGAAAUUUCAAACGGUGCAAAUAGUGUUAGUGCUUUGACACGUUCUUGCUCGUCCGCCUCAUCGGCAUCCGCGUCUUCUUCAAAGAGCCUUUCUCAAAGUAACAAUAAUACUACCAGUACAGCUGCAUUCUGGAAAAGGGUAAGUCUUGGAGACUCCACGGAAAUAGAUGAAGGUAUUGGUGAAUCACCAAAUAUAUGGAAGCUACCAAAGAAGUUAGCAGUAGUUACGAGUUCAUAUUGUCCGGCUUCUAUCAGUCCGACAGACCAAGAAUAUUUGAAUUACAAUCAUUUUCGGAACAAACCUAUUAUCAUUCAUGGCCCUAUGGAACAUAAUGGCAAAACUAAAAUCAAACGUGAUUGCUGCAUUUGCCAUGAAAAAGAAAUGGUAGCCGCGUUAAUACCAUGUGGACAUAAGAUGUUCUGCGUAGACUGUGCCAAUAAUAUAUGUUCUGGCAAGGAACCGACGUGUCCCUUUUGCUGUAUGCGUGUCUACCAAGCAGUAAAAAUAUUAAAUUAAUAAAUUUAAACACAUUUUAAGCUUCCCCAAUAAGCGCCAAAUAAAUUUAUACA